AUGGCGACUCCGAUCGGUUCUCCCCGUGUCCCCUCGACUGUCGGUUCUUCACUAGUGACGCCAGUUGCUCGGGAUGUCGUGGAGCCCGAUGAUAGUGCCCACGCAUCUCGCUGCACUGCGCCCGCCUCGCACGCUUCGCUCGCUCGCUCUGCUUCGCUGCUUGCUUCGCUGCCUGCUGAGGACGAUCAGAGAGCUCAGCAUCAUGCGCCGCCUUUGCCAUGCUCUGCUGCUGCUGCUUUCGCAACGCCUGGCACGAUGCACGCCGGCAUGCUGCCUGCUUCUGCCACCGCUCGUGCUUUGCCCUUGUUGCCUGCCUUUUCUGCAUCCGCUGCUCCUGCUGCUUCUGCACCUACCCUUCUUCCGACCGAUCUUUCAUCUUGUCCUCUGUCCCUUCGCGGGGAUCCAGAGGGCGCUCGGGCCCUCUUUGGGUCCGGGCCGGACGACCGUGGUCCACCGAUUUCGGACCCGGCGUCCUUUCGUCCACCGCGCCCCGAUUCUUACGGGCCGGUGGCUGGCCGCGGUGGAGCCUCGCUCCCCGACGAGCCCAUGAGCGAGCACCCGGGUGCACCCCAUGCUUCCGUCGCAACGAUUACCGCGGCGGAUCAUGGUGGUGCUGCCCCCGCCGACGAUAACGGCGGGAGGCUUACCGGUCCCCGUGCUGUCGGGGCCCUGGUCGAUGAAGCUAUUGGGUCGGAAGCAUCCGCGCGCAUCGCCGCCGAUAUUCUGGCGAUCGCGCAGGGUGUGACCAACACCCAAGCCGACCUCGAUAUUUUGAGGAACGGCGUCUCGGAUAUCACUGAAGCACUUGAAAACAAGAUCCGAGACAUGUGGGAGCUUCUUCAGAAUGCGCUGAGUGAUGAGCAACAGCGCCUCACUCAUGUGCAGGACUUGAUCCGAGAGCGGCAAAUUUCAGAUCUCGAGUCCCUUGACGUGCGUUUCGAGAGGCUCAGCUCAAUGAUAAGUGAUCGAUUCAUUGAGUUCGAUGAGCGGAUCCACCAGUUCAACGAAAGGCGUGCGCGCAUCGCUACGGUUGAACAGAACGCUACUCACCGUAUCGAAGUCAUCAGAUCCGAAAUGAGCCGUGCUCUCUACGAUCAUAAGGAGAGUAACCGAGUUCUCAUCGAUCAGCUCACCGCUCGCAUUCAGCAUCUUGAGAGUGCUCAUGUCCGCAGAGGUGGUUCCGACAUGUCGACGCCUUCGCGCCCGGAACGGACGCAGUUCUUCGACAUCAGUGACCAUGAUGGGGAUUUACCACGUCCCGCGGACCUGCCGCCAGUUCCUGGCGAGCGCAGCAACGAGUCGUUGACGAACAUCCUGCCGAAAGUCGUGGGCAAAAUAAUCCUGUUGAGCCCGUCCGACAGAAUUAUGGCCAAACGUCAGCCUCAUUUUCGGGGAGAUCGCCGAAUCCGGCCGUUCCUCCCACAAAUGCCGAUGGAGCGACUUCCGGUCAUGUUCCGAGUCUCAGGCCGUAUCCAGUCGAUGAAGCUCCUCGAGUUGUUCCUGAAGCUCGAAGCUUCGCUCCUGAGCCCAGACCAAGCCCUACCUUCCCGUGUCAAAUCUCCUAUGACACUCGAUCCGUCCCGGCCGGGAAGGGGCCUUCAAGAUGGUAUGAUGCGUUGCUUGGCCGAUCGAAUCUCAUUGGCAGUGGUGCCGGCGCACCGAUUCUCCAUAGUGAGACUGGUACUUUCACACUUGCGCCGAACACAAGUCUCACGGCAACACUUCGACCUGCUGCGACAACCGAUGCUAUGCCCCCGAUGCCCACCUUCAAUGCCAGAACGUGGGUUCCUGCACCCAGUGCCGCGCCACCCGGAGCUGGCGGACCCCCGCCCGCUGAUGGUCCCAACGAUAACGGGGGUGCAUAUGGCGGUGGUUUCGGAGGAUAUGGACAUCAUGGGUCUGGCUAUGUCCCUGGUGGCGGUGGUGGCCCGCCCGGUGGCCCACCUGGUGGUCCGCCUGGUGGUGGUGGCCCUCCUGGCGGGAGUGGUCCGCCCGAUGGCGGCCUUGAUCCGCCAAGCAUUCGGCCUACCGGUCGACCGAGCGGGACCUGGCGGACCCAAGGGUGAUGGAUCAUUGAGCGAUGCGAAGAAGGCAAAGUGUAAAUCCUUCCGGCUUGACCCUGAGCCUGAGCCCGCACAAUUGCGACGUUGGAUCGUUGAUAUGAAGGAGAGGGUUGCCAAUGCCUUCGCAUACGAUCCCGGGUACGUGCUCUCAUGGGUCGAGAUUCCCGAUGGCACUCGCUACGAGGACCUUCUUGAUGAGUGCAAGUACGGAAUGCUCGAGAACGAAUGCAAUUCGGCUUUCCGUGACUGCGUUAAGUCUAUUGCUUUGAAGAACAAGAUUCAGACCGAAACCGAGCGCAUGCAUACGAUAAACCGGCGACCCGGGAGUAGGCAGAUAUUGUGGCUCUUGUAUGACUUUCUCCGGCCGCAUGUCACUGGCGACUCGACUUUCAAGCUCGUUGAUCUCAUGAAAAUCACGAUUGAUCGGUUUACUCAUGGGUCCGAGCAGGAGAGGCUUGAAGCCUUCUCCAAUCGGUGGGAUCAUGUUCUCGCUGGUAUUUCGGUCGAUCGCCCUGAAGAUCCUGUCCUCUGUGCCCUCUUCUACGAGCAGGUACGUGAGUUCCGUUGCCUUGAGCUCGAUAUGCAAUUGUGGGACAGAGAUGUGUCUGUGCGGAACUACGCAUAUUUGCGAACUGUCUGCGUCAAUGCGAUUACAACAUGGCGCCGACGACGCAAUCAGGAGAAGAUGUACACCGCUACGCGAUCAUCCUCCGCGCAGAGGCGAUACGCUGAGAGGGAGUCCGUACCGAAGGAGCUCGCCGAGACGCUCGUCGCCCAGACGAUCCUCCCCGAGGCGCGGUUCGCCAAUGCGAUAUUCCCGUAG